AUAUGCAAUACCGAUUACAAUGUAAAGAAUAACAGAGGGAGGUACUAUUAAACUUUGUCGAUUGAAUUAAAGUAAAACAAGAUCAGGGACGCGUUGUAUUGUCUAAACGUCUCGAGGAGCGCGAUACUGAUGACACGGAACGAUCCGUGGUGUCGAAAGAGAGCAUGAACAAAAGGCCGAGGAUGGUAUUCUUUCUUUUUUUUUUUUUUUCCUAUUAAAUAACCGAGCCCACUGCCACAUCAGUCUCCGGAGAUAAGAUUCAUACCGUAAGCGGCUUAACAUUUGUCCACGGUGAAGCAUGCUGGAUAUGGUGGGACGAGGGGCUCCGAAUACAUUUCCACCAUUUCGUUCCAGGCGGUCUACCUCAAUUUCAACGUUGCAUAUUGCAUAGGUGGCUGGGCUGCGAUACGCGCGAAACAUUGUUUAAUACAGUAUACGAAUAACAUAUCCAAUUAUGCAGAAUGCUUCUGUAAAAAUUUAAUUUUCUGCAAACGUAAUUAUAGCUCCGGGAAUGUGCAAACAUAAUUUGUAUUUCGUCCCGUAAAGAGAUUCCUUUCUCAUUACUCUUUCGCGUUUUACGGGAGAGUUUUGCCGCAGCUUUGAACCGAGAGACUUUUCAGUGGCAUAAAUAUGGGAAGGAAAACCCGAGCGCGUGUAAGGCUUAAAAACGUUAAAUGUACGCUCGCGAGGAAUUAAGGAAACCGAGAAUCCGGAAGGGACUCAAAGAAUUCAUUUAGAUGAGAAACCGUACCGCGGUUAAAAUCUGCGCGUCGCAGAGCAACCGAGAGCGAAAUAAGGCCGACUGUAAUAUUUUCAAGUUUUUUUAAGUACGAGAAAUUGAGAAGAGAGAAAACCAAGGUGGUUGGUAAUCCCGGGGAGGAGGAGGGAGGAAAGCGAUUAUGGUGGCAUCGAAGCUCUUUAACGGUCAUUAGCGAGCGCGUGAUGAUCGCGGCGGGUUGGGAUCUGACACGAAUGAAACGCGAUAUUUAAAGUUUCCCCUGGUCGGCUGGGGCAGGAGAGACAGGAGAGUCCGAGGGUCGCGUGCCAUUCAACCCCUGGGCGGAGAGGUACGGUAGAUGACGAUGUCGUGUAAGAAGCGUGAAAUUUGUCCGUGCUUGCGGGAGUCUCGUCGCCGCCGCAUAGGAGACAGGGAGAAGGAAAUAACUGCGCGCGGACGAGAAGGAGACGCGGAAUGUGCGGGAAGAAAAAUUCGGUGAGAGCUGCGCGAGGCGAAGCGCAAAGCCGUAGCGCGGCGCGGUGGAAAAGGCAGAAGGCCUCGAGGAAGGAGGAGGCUGACUGAUCGCCGCCGGAGUAGAGGAGAGAGAGCACGCCUGCGCGGAAUCCCCGGGCGGGCGCGGGCAGUGCCACCGGAGGCCCGGCGGUUUCAGAGCUUCGCCCGGGACGACGAACCGCGGACGAGCCGAGUACGGGAAACCCGGUCGCGUUUCGCAGUCGCGACCGACACCGAGUAUACCGAGUGCGUCCAUACAACGAGGGGCACAACCGCGGGGUAAAAGAAAGGGAGGUGGGGUGGGGUGGCCCAAUUGAACGCAGGCAGCAGACCACUUCGUGACCUUGGUGCGCGCGCGACACUUUGCGCGUCUUCUUCGGGAAUAAUAAAGAAGAGAAUUUGAUCGGCAGUAGUCCCCCCAGUUCCGAGUCGAUGAGAGUCGAUCGGGAGGAGGUAUAGACACGAAGGGGGUGGUGUGUGUAUGGUGAACCCCACGCGCGCGAGACCGCCCACUGAUUAGACCACUGGUACUCUCGGCCUCGUUCCGUCGCCGCUCUUACGUUCGCGCGCGAGACGCUAGAUAUCUAGCUGCGAGAUAAUGUGAUACCACAGUGUUGGAAAAGGAAAGAAGAAGCGAGAGCGCGACCGGGGGGGUCUUUGCAACGAGAGGGUUGCAACGACGGGUAAUGCGGGAGUAUGCGCGAGUCCUGGUAGCACAGGCUGCUACUGCUGGAGGAUGAACGUCGGGACGACGGCGAAGGAUUAUUAAGUGGAGGAACGCCGAAAGAAAGAGGUGCGUCGCGCGGUGUUCCAUGAGAUGUCAGUGGACCCGUCGUCGGGGACAAUUACGCCGUCGUCGUCGUCGUCGCCGUUGUUGUUGUCGUCGUCGUCGUGAUCACCAUGAGGAGGUCCUCCUACGUCAACUACUACGUCCUAUGCCUCGUGUGUUGGAUCCUACUAGGCAUCAGCGGGGUAAGUACGAGAUCUCAUUCGUUGGUGAAGAGAUUCGACGGGAUUUACACGGGGCCUUACUUCGACUCGAACACUCCAACGAAUAUCACAGCGCAGUUGGGCACUCAUGCUUACCUACCGUGCAAAGUGCGGCAGCUUGGUAACAAAUCAGUCUCCUGGAUCAGAAGAAGGGACUCGCAUAUCCUCUCGGUGGAUAGAACCAUGUUCAUCCCGGACGAAAGGUUCCAAGCGAUUUUCGGGGAGGCGGACACGUGGACGCUGCAGGUGAAAUACGUCCAAGCGCGCGACGAAGGCGAGUACGAGUGCCAAAUCUCGACCGACCCGAAGAAGAGUCACAUCAUCAAGCUCAACAUCGUCGUGCCAAAGAUCGAGAUCUUGGGGGACCGUGACAUGUACGUGAAGACCGGAAGUACAGUCGCAAUACGAUGCGUAAUAAAGCAGUCCCUCGAGGGUCCGUUCUACGUCUUCUGGUACCACGAGGGCGAUCGCGUACUAAAUUAUCAGUUGGGCAAGAUCGACAUUCAGACGAAGAGGAUCGAGCAGGACACGGUGAGCAGCCUCGUGAUCCAUAACGCGAGACGAGAGGAUUCGGGUAACUAUACUUGCAGCCCGAGUAACUUGGAUAGCGCGAGCGUGCAGCUGCAUGUGCUGAACGGAGAACACCCCGCGGCGAUACAGAGAGGCAUCAGUUCAGCGCCGGGCGGUUGUCCCACUUUGUGGUGGCUGGCAGGAGUGGUGACACUGUACUCGAGUCACGGCAGCCGCCUGUUCGUCCUCGUUCUUCUGAUCCUUAUGGUUCUCUACUCGAAAAAUCCAUCUUACUUUGCGACCGAACGAUAAUCAGGCAAGACCGCAAGGAUGGUAUACGCGUAUAAUCGAUUAUCUCCUGCUACGAGACCCCGACUACCUCGAGAGAAAAGAUCCUCGACGCUGCAGACUGAUUUUCAGAGAUCAAGGACAAAAAGGGCGAGGAUGAGAGGAUUACGAAGAUAAAGGGUAAUACGAUAAAGAGAAAGAAAGAGAUAGGCGAGAAUAACGAUUCCCCAUGGAGGUAGUAUGUUUUUUCUCCGUAUGCGUGAAGUAAGAGUUAGAGGUUCAUCUCGAUUAUCGAGACAGUGAUCCGGCCGUUAGAAAUUAGGAAUUAGUUAAUUAUAUGAAUUCUUGUUAAAUUGCUACGAGAAACUAUACGUGCUGGAAAACGUGCUAUGAAAUUUUUGACAUUGUCGAAAAUGUAAUUAGGUCGAGCUUGAACAACGGGUAGUCCGUGAAUGUCUUGAAAUUUUUUUCCCAUUAAGAACGCGUGAUAAUUUUAUUUAUCAGAUCCAUUUAUUUAAUUACGACCAUUAAAAGAAUUUUGUCUAAAUGAAAUAGCAUAUCGUUCUUACUAUUAUUGUAUACAAACUAUUGUAGAAGGUAUAUUUUUGCAUUUGCUUGUCAUUUCUAAAGACGCGUUCCACACUUACGUUUUACAUUCGCAGAAUUGUUUCACGUAUUUUCCGUCUGUUUAGCUCGACAAUGUAGAAAAUUACGAAAUCUCAAAAAAGAAGCGCCUGAAAAACGAUCGCGAUCGCGAAAUCUUAUCGCGAGGGCAUUGGGUUUCGUAGCAUCCGUUACAGGAACAAGAAAAACGAUAACGUGACGAGAAACAUGCAGGAGGAAGAGAAACGAUAAUAACAGAGGUGAGAGAAAGUACACAAGAGAGUGAGAAUAAGAAACGUCGAUGUAGAAAAAGAACCGUCACGAGACUAGGAAAAGGCAGAAAAACUUCGUCCGCGCCGCUCGAAUAGAAUUGAAACUUGUUCGAUGAAUUUUUCGAAAUGCGAUGUAAUUAAUUAUAUUCGAUAGCGACCGAUUAUAUAACAAAACGUGUCUAUACUCGACGUCUACCGCGUGAUCUGGGAUCGUCCUGAGACCGAGCGAUCUCGGCUAUCGUCUCUUAGACGAUUCGUCGAUACGCGCCGAAAGUUAUUAGAAUCUUUUUUUCUUUUAAUUUAUCUAUUCCAAGAUCGUAAAAGAACAAGCUUAUCGAAAAAUAUGAGAAAAAUGAGUCAAGGAAAACGUGAAAAAUUUUAAUGUUUCUAAUAACAUAGCGAUAAUAUUAUUCAACCCGAGAAAAGAAUUCAUAUCAUGCAAUGUUUUGCCCAUAUCAAACUCACAGUUACGUUACUCUGAUAUUCCCAGUACCAAGCCAAAUUUGAAACGAGUAGUUGGAAUAAAUCAUUAAAUUUGCACGGAUAAUUUUUACCUGGGAAGCCAUCGAUCGCACAAGCAAAGCAAGACGGGAUAUCGCGAUGGAAAUUAUCACUGCCUCUAUGAAUACUUGACCGUUGUCAAAGGCGACAGGUGUCUCGAGACGAUCCGCGAUGAAAAUUUUGGUAAUUGAAGCGCAUUGAGUAUACACACGUCGAUCAAAAUAUAUCAUACGUCCGCACAUGCACAGGCUGAUUCACCGCGACGCGGGCCGUACAAACAUUUUCCACUGACUGUUCCUUUACGCGUCGUCACGCGAUUUCGGAAAUGUGACGUUCUUUUUUUUUUUGAAAUUCGAAGACCUCUUUACUAGGAACGUAAAGGAAAUUUUGUAUCCUCGUUUGCUCUCGGGGCUACAAAAUUAAAUACUGCCAAUUAAAUAUCGCUCGAUUAAAUACUGCCGAUAAAGCCAUUUUUCAUUUCUUCCUCGAAAAGUUGUCCAAAACGUACGCAUAUCCCACGACCAUUUCUGUUAAACGUUUAUUCCACGAACGUUGAACGACGUUAAAGGAAAAAGAGACAUUUGUUUUGUAUGAAAUAUUUACAUAAACGUACGUAUACGUAAUAUGACACGCGAAAUUUCGUGCGUAUUCUAAAUCCCAGGUGGAUUUCUUUCCCUUAGUCGAAAGUCGUCAAACGACUCGUCGUAACAAUACUUUCGAUACUUUUUGAUAACGUAUUUUUCCACGGCGAUCUUGGCCCGCGGCGUGCCGCCUCUGAGCAUGAUCGGUUGUAUAAUUUAGCGGAUGAGCGUACAGCUUUCCGGUGGGCGCCCGCGCGUCCCCCGUGAAUUUGCUUUCUUCUCGCAAAUACUAGAAGGGAGGGGAGGGAAUACUGUUUUUUAUAAUAUUAUAUAUAUAUAAAUAUAUAUAUAAAUAUAUAUAUAUAUACAAACGAACAGAAAUAUAUAUAUGUAUAUGUGUAUGCGCGCAAAUACGUUGCACAUGGGUGUUGAAUAUUGAACAAGUUUCAGCUCGCACGAACGAGGGGCGCAUACAAACAAGCGAUUAGAGAUGUGUAUGUACGUUCUCGCUAAAAAGAUUCUUGUUGGAAAGCAAAAAUGUUGGAGAGAUACGAGGAGAAAAGAAUGAAGGAGGAAAAGAAGAGAAAAGGCGUAGGGGAAGGGAGAAACGGAGGAAAAUAUACCGUAGGACACGAGGACAGCGGCAGGAGACGAACGAUUCGUUAGAAUAUCUACGAUUCAUGUGAUUGUAAAUAACGUAACAUAGCGUAUAAAUAACGUAACGUUAAUUAAUGAUAUGCCGUACGUGUUACGCUAAAGAAACAAGAAAAAAAAAUAAACUAAAUAACGUUACUGUGUAAUUUUUCGGAUCGUAAAAUGCGCAUUGGAAAUGGGUCUGGCCGCCCGUGCUAACCGGCUCGGAAAUCGUGCACGGUAUCGGGAGGCAAGAAAGGGAAGGGAGGGAAUUUCUUAGAGGAUGAGAACAAGAGAGAUGCUGCGUACAUACAUAGGUAUACGAUGUUCCAAGAAAUCGAAAUCGUCCGACGUUUUGAUUUCCGUUUCGAUGAACAUUUAUCGCGGGGAUGCACGACCGCCUCGGAAAGAUUCUUAAUCGCUGCGGAUCGCAGGCGAGCUUAUCGUGGAGGAGAAAGCGGAAGCGGAGUAGUACAUACAUGCCAUGAUGCCAGGCACCGACGCACACGCUUUUCCGCGGCGCCGCGCGUCGGGGCGUCCGAGUUUUGGGGAGGAAAACGGAGCGCGCACGUUUCCCCGUGAUGAGCGCGCGCUCGCGUGGAUAGCACGGGCCGGCCACACACGCGACUAGAUGUAAUAAUACUAAUUAACGCCUAGCAGUAAGCGAACUAACGGAUAUAAAAGUACAGAUAUAUCGUCGGACGUAAUAGCCAGGCGGGGCGAAUGUGCGAGCGGCUGUGUGCGCGAGUGCGAUCGCGCGAGUUGGUGCUUUAAGCCGCGUGUGAGUCUGUUUUGCGCGAGAAGAAUGAAGAACAGCGCGAAAGGGAAUGAGAGAGAAAGAGAGAGAGAGAGAGAGAGAGAGAGAGAGAGAAAAUAUAAGCUAUGCACGCAUACGUAGACACAGACAUACAAAACACAGCAUACAAGCGACACAUACAUACACGUGUACUGAGAAAAGUUCGUUGGACUGACGUUUACUGAGACGUUGGUCGAAUGACGCAUUCGAAAAAAAAAGGUCGACCGGGGACGUAGUUAUCUUCUUUAUAUCGUUCUGCUGCCGCCUUUCCUUCUUCCCGCGCUUCGCGAGGCUGCUUCUGAAGCAACGAUGGAAAGGGCUGAAAAAAAACGCAGUCCUGCGAGGCCCCUUCUCUCUCUCUUUUUUUUUUUUUAAUCGCGGGUCUCCCCCUCGCGAGGUGGAAGAAGGAACAUCGCGUUCGUCCCCGUCGACCUUUUGCUUCGCCGCGCGAAAAAGGGCAAGUAAUUUAAAAAGAGAAGAAGAUGUAGCAGGAGAGAGACGGCGGAACGGCGAAAAAUCCAGUCGAGAAACGUCGUCUUACGAUCUAAUUCUAACGUCGUAGAACAACAUUAAAAUUUUUGUACCAAAAUCUAUCUUGUAGUCCCCGAGUGUCCGCAUACUCCCUCAGUUUUCCGUUUCGACGUUGCCGACCGCGGGCUUACCCUGUAUAUUUAAUCUUUAAUUUUUAUUUUUGUCGAAACACGUCGCGGGGGAAACGGGGCGAGUAAAACUUGCCGAAAAACCUAUCCUCUCGCAAGUUCCUCGUGAAUUCCGCUGUUAGCUAAGAACCCGGUUCCCGGUUGCCGUCAGCACGAUCGCACGCGCUCUCCUAUCCGCGCUUUAAAAAUAAAUCAACCCUCUCGCGUGCCACUGCUUCGCGUUUCGUAAGGCAAGCCCGUGAAGUGGAGCGCGAGAACGAUACGAUUACUAAUCGCGGUCUGGGUGGGAGACCUUUAAAGAACCUUUCAUCAAAAUCAUGAUGUAACGAGCGAUCGACCUGAUCUUGCGCCCAUGCAUCCAAACGCGCGCGCACGCCGAUUCCCGAGAGUCGCGGUUGCGAAUCCCGAGAACACUUUGUUUCUCUGAGAGUGAUAUAGUAUGUUUAUGACCGUCCUGACAAGUACGUCGAUGUGCUCUUACGUGUAGAUAACGCAAGUUAGGUGUUCCUUUCGAGAUAGGCUAUAUGCGAGAGAUAUAUACAGGCGAUACGACGCUGCCGCCGUCGCCGCCGCCGCCGCCGCCGCCGCCGUCGUCGUCGUCGUCGUCGUCGUCGUCGUCGUUGUCAUCGGAGGGAUGAAAGACGAGUGAGAUGCUGUGACCCAGAAAUAGAUUUCUAUCAGGUCGCGGAGAUUCCAAUUCCGACGUGAUUCAUCCGCGUUGCCGCGCCGUCGAACAGUCUCGAAAAAUUCUUUGUCAAGACGAGAAAACAUUUCAGAAAUCGAUCACGCAAUUGUGUGUGUGUGUGUGUGUGUGUGUGUGUGUGUGUGAUAGAGAGAGAAAAAGACAGAUUGAGAACAAGUCAGUAGAAAAGGAUUUCGAGACGAGCGGCAAAUCAAAUGUUCUCGAGAAACUUUUUAGACGUCGAAGACUGUAAGACGGUAUUAGUCCCGCGCGCGGAGAAUGUGCAUUAUUUUUUUUGUAAUUUUAACCCUCUACCGCUUUUAUCUCCCACUGUGAGAGCGAACAGCCUGUCACGAAGGCAACAAAUUUUCAAACAUUCGUCACUAAUCACAAACGCACAAAUAGAGUUUUUUGAGAUCGCAGAUCUUUUUGUAGAAAUGUGUUCGGGUUCACUUCUCCUUGUCCGUGCAUUUUAUUACUUUUUCCUCGGCUGUAGAGGGUUAGAAGAGCAAAUUCUCCUCCCCCUCCCCUCCAUUGGGAGAGGCCAUUUUGUCGUCGAUCGGCACCCUCGGGACGGCGGAUAUCUCGUUAAUUACGCGGAUCAACGAUGACAUUCGCGAAAAAUGCAUCGUGCAAUCACGCGAUUGUUGCACGCGAGCAUUGAAGCUCCCGAACGUACGACUCGAGAGACUCGAUGAAUUAUCGCGAAUUAUAUUAUUAAAUUAUCGAAUAGCGGCUUAUUACGUUCGGUUCCUCAGCGAGAUACUUACUCGGGUAAUUUACAUCGUAUUGUCGGCCGGACGCGUGCGUUCGACACCGUAAAUCGAUCAGGAGCUUCGACAAGUCCAUUGCGAACGACCGAGUUCGACAACGUCCUAUUAACGUUGAAAGCGAGAUCCUACGUUUGCGGGCGUUUUGUUGUGACGGCACGCGACAGAUCACACUAUAGUAAGGCAUCUAAUUAAUCAUUAACGCAACACGUCUGCCGAUUCGAACGUUCGACGAAGGUAAAUUACGGGCUGCUGCCCGUCGCCGUAAAGGGUGGAGACCUUUACGGGAAAAAAAAGGAGAAAGCAAAAGCGAAAUUUGUCGAGCGCGCGGAUAAGCGGACGACAUCGAUUUAAAAAUAAGUGUAAGUUAAAAGAAAAUUAAACAGCAAGACACUCUGGUGAAAAAUUCCUCGAGGCAAGCCUCGUCUCGUGGAUUCGCGUCUGUACACCUUAAGCGCUUUAGGUUUAUAACGAGGGGAAAAUAGACUUUAACGAAUCUACGAGAUGAUGCCGAGGAAAGCGAAGAAUGUUAGAGCGAAUGUGGGAGGAUAAGCGGAGCGGAAGUUUAAAAUAUGCGCGUGAGAUGCACGAGCGAAAGAACAAGAGUGAGAGAGAGGGAGAGAAAGGGAGAUAAUAAAUCAAUGUUAAACCCAUUAUUACCGGACUCGCAAUUUCGGCUGAAAAAUCUUCGUUGACCGCCGUUUCUACGCAUAAGUUUAGUCUCGUUUUUUCGAAUGGCUGGACGGCGGAACACGCCCUUUCGACGUCCGAUCGCGACUGCACGAUACAAUUUACGAAAUUUCGGAUGAACGUCAACAGAAAUUUAUUCAUUAUUUACAUCGAAAGCACGAGUUCGAUCUUUUAUCAGCGGACAGACGCGCAAACGCGAUCGACGUCAAACGGAGCCCCCCGUCCACGCGUCAUGGGAGUACUCAUUACAUACCAGUUUCCGUUUUUCAUCUAUUGUGGCGAGAAACGGGACGAAGAGAGCAGUCCCGUUCUAUGUGUGUAAGAACCAUAAAAGCUUAAUAAAAGAAAAAAAAA